UCGAGCGGUGAUUGUCAAACGUAGGGAAGCCGGAGUGUACGUCAGCGUUCUCAUAGAUUGCCAUUGUAUAAGUGUGUAUGUGAAUUGUUUUGGCUACGGUUACGGUUACGGUACGCUACUAGCACACCCCCGCAAACCGGUUCGCUGGUGGUGGUUCAAUCAUAAGCGCGCUUUGUCUGUGCGUUCGCAUCCAUUUGAAAUUUAAUAAUAAAAUGCAAAAGCAAUAAAUAAUAAUACAACAAAAUUGUUCAAAAGCAGAGCAAAAGCAUCAGCGUUUAGGCUGUUUGUUGUUUGUGUGCGAAGUGUAGCAGUUUUUUGUGCAGAGUCGCCACCCCAGUGGAUUAGUGGCACCCUGAUACAAUUUGCUCACACUCAUUGUGAUUGUGUCUGUGUGUUUGUGCAUUAACAUUAACUAAAUCAACCGAUAAACUCGCGACUCAAAUCAAAAUCGAAUAAACGCAGCUGAGUCACCGGGUCUACUCGUUGUCGUCGUCUCCGUCGCCUUCGUCGUCGCGUUUGCCGUGUUAACUACACCGUAUAAAGGGUGUCUUUGAGCCCAUUUUGCAUAAAAUCGAUACAUUCAGCGGCCACCCUCAAAGCGGAGUGUAAAAUGGCCUAUAUGAUGCCAAACGAACGCCUCAAAUGGCUAACAUUGUGCGCAGCUGUUGUUGUGCUUGCUUCUGUCGGCAACACUUUGGCAGCCAAUCCAGCAGAUUCUGAUCAAAAGGGACCCGUCUUCCUUAAGGAACCCACCAAUCGCAUUGACUUCUCGAACUCAACUGGCGCCGAAAUUGAAUGCAAAUCGAGUGGAAACCCCAUGCCCGAAAUUAUCUGGAUCCGCAGCGAUGGCACCGCCGUGGGAGAUGUUCCCGGACUUCGUCAGAUCUCGUCGGAUGGCAAAUUGGUCUUCCCACCAUUCCGUGCCGAGGACUAUCGUCAGGAGGUUCAUGCCCAGGUCUACGCUUGUCUGGCCCGCAAUCAAUUUGGAUCCAUUAUCUCACGCGAUGUUCAUGUGCGAGCGGUUGUGCAACAGUUCUACGAGUCGGAGGUUAAUAAUGAGUAUGUCAUCAGGGGCAAUUCGGCGGUGCUGAAGUGCUCGAUACCAUCGUUUGUGGCGGACUUUGUGCAGGUUGUAUCCUGGCAGGAUGAGGAGGGACAACUCUAUGGCACACUCGAAGACCAGCAGGGCACGGACGGAAAAUAUCUGGUUCUGCCCUCCGGAGAAUUGCAUAUUCGUGAAGUUGGACCCGAGGAUGGAUACAAGAGCUAUCAGUGUCGCACCAAGCAUCGUUUGACCGGAGAGACACGUCUAAGCGCGACCAAGGGACGAUUGGUUAUCACAGAACCCAUUGGCUCUGUGCCACCCAAGAUUAACAAUAUCAAUGACAAGUUUCAAUUGAUGCAAGUGAAAUUAUCUCAGAACUUUGCCAUGCAGUGUCCAGGUCAGGCGUAUCCUGUGCCCGUUGUGCGAUGGUACAAAUUCAUUGAGGGCACCACCCGUAAACAAGCUGUGGUAUUGAACGAUCGCGUUAAACAGGUUUCGGGCACACUCAUCAUCAAGGACGCUGUCGUCGAGGAUUCUGGCAAAUAUUUGUGCGUGGUCAACAAUUCAGUAGGUGGAGAAAGUGUGGAAACUGUGCUGACUGUGACUGCUCCUCUGUCGGCCAAGAUUGAUCCCCCCACACAGACCAUUGACUUUGGACGCCCAGCUGUAUUCACCUGCCAAUAUACCGGUAAUCCCAUCAAGACCGUCAGCUGGAUGAAAGACGGCAAGGCGAUGGGACACAGUGAGCCAGUGCUGCGCAUUGAAUCGGUAAAGAAAGAGGACAAGGGCAUGUAUCAAUGUUUUGUACGCAACGAUCAGGAAUCGGCGGAAGCAAGUGCUGAACUGAAGCUGGGCGGACGCUUCGAUCCUCCUGUCAUACGUCAGGCAUUCCAAGAGGAGACCAUGGAACCUGGACCAAGUGUGUUCCUCAAGUGCGUUGCUGGCGGCAAUCCUACACCUGAAAUCUCUUGGGAACUUGAUGGAAAGAAAAUCGCUAACAAUGAUCGCUUCCAAGUCGGACAAUAUGUGACUGUCAACGGUGAUGUUGUGUCGUAUUUGAACAUUACUUCGGUGCAUGCCAAUGAUGGUGGUCUCUACAAGUGCAUUGCCAAGAGCAAAGUCGGCGUGGCUGAGCACUCUGCCAAACUGAAUGUCUACGGUCUGCCCUACAUUCGUCAGAUGGAGAAGAAGGCUAUUGUUGCUGGAGAGACGCUGAUGGUCACUUGCCCCGUUGCUGGAUACCCAAUUGAUUCUAUUGUCUGGGAACGUGAUAAUCGUGCUCUGCCCAUCAAUCGCAAACAGAAGGUCUUCCCCAAUGGCACUUUGAUCAUCGAGAACGUGGAACGCAAUUCGGAUCAGGCUACGUACACCUGUGUGGCCAAGAAUCAGGAAGGUUAUUCGGCACGCGGUUCACUGGAAGUGCAAGUCAUGGUACUGCCUCAAAUAUUGCCAUUUGCCUUUGAGGAUGUCAUCAACACCGGCGAUUCCAUUGACUUGUUCUGUCAAAUACCAAAGGGCGAUCGCCCCGUUAAAGUGUACUGGAGCUUUGAGCGUCGGGCGAGCAACACGGAUCCGAGUUCCGAUGAGUUGCAGCCACAGAUGCGAACGAAUCGCAUCAGCAGCAAGACGAGCAUGUUGUCCAUCCAAAGUGCUAGUCCAGCCCACACGGGCACCUACACCUGCAUCGCCAGCAAUGCGGCGGGCACAACCAGCUACAGCGUCAACCUGACUGUGAAUGUGCCACCAAGAUGGAUCCUCGAACCCACUGACAAGGCUUUCGCUCAAGGCUCCGAUGCCAAGGUUGAAUGCAAAGCUGAUGGAUUCCCUAAGCCACAAGUGACCUGGAAGAAAGCAGUUGGUGACACUCCCGGAGAGUACAAGGAUCUGAAGAAGAGUGACAACAUUCGCGUCGAGGAGGGAACUCUGCACAUUGACAACAUUCAAAAGACAAACGAAGGCUAUUAUCUGUGCGAGGCUAUCAAUGGCAUUGGCUCUGGACUCUCGGCUGUGAUCAUGGUCAGCGUACAAGCUCCUCCAGAAUUCACUGAGAAACUGCGCAAUCAGACCGCUCGUCGUGGUGAACCCGCUGUACUGCAGUGCGAGGCGAAGGGCGAGAAACCCAUUGGCAUUUUAUGGAACAUGAACAACAUGCGUCUGGACCCCAAGAACGACAAUCGUUACACAAUUCGCGAGGAAAUUCUCUCAGCCGGCGUCAUGUCCAGUCUUUCUAUUAAACGUACCGAACGCUCUGACUCUGCUCUGUUCACCUGUGUGGCCACCAAUGCCUUUGGCUCCGACGAUGCCAGCAUCAACAUGAUUGUCCAAGAAGUACCCGAGAUGCCUUACGCCCUGAAGGUGCUCGACAAAUCCGGACGCUCCGUGCAACUGAGCUGGGCUCAACCCUACGAUGGAAACUCUCCCCUCAAUCGCUACAUCAUUGAGUUCAAGCGCUCCCGUGCCUCCUGGGAUGAGAUCGAUCGCGUCAUGGUACCCGGACACACCACCGAAGCCCAAGUACAGAAACUGAGCCCAGCCACCACCUACAACAUUCGCAUUGUCGCCGAGAAUGAAAUUGGUUCGUCGCAAUCAUCAGAAGCUGUCACCAUUAUCACUGCCGAAGAGGCGCCCUCUGGCAAGCCACAGAACAUCAAAGUCGAACCCGUGAAUCAGACCACACUGCGCGUCACCUGGAAGCCACCAGCACGCUCCGAUUGGAACGGUGAAAUCCUGGGCUACUAUGUGGGCUACAAGCUAUCGAACACCAACUCGUCGUACAUCUUUGAAACAAUCAACUUUAUCACCGAAGAGGGCAAAGAACACAAUCUGGAACUGAACAAUCUGCGCGUCUACACACAAUACUCGGUGGUCAUUCAGGCCUUCAACAAGAUCGGCGCCGGUCCAUUGAGCGAUGAGGAGAAACAGUUCACAGCCGAGGGUACACCCAGCCAGCCACCUAGCGACACUGCCUGCACCACGUUGACCUCACAAACCAUUCGCGUUAGCUGGGUUAGUCCACCACUCGAGUCCGCCAACGGUGUGAUCAAGACCUACAAGGUUGUCUAUGCUCCCAGUGAUGAGUGGUAUGAUGAGACCAAACGUCACUACAAGAAGACUGCCUCCUCCGACACUGUGCUCCAUGGCCUGAAGAAAUACACUAACUACACCAUGCAAGUUCUAGCCACCACAGCUGGCGGCGAUGGCGUUCGCAGCGUGCCAAUUCAUUGCCAGACCGAACCCGAUGUUCCUGAAGCACCCACCGAUGUCAAGGCUCUGGUUAUGGGUAAUGCGGCUAUUCUGGUCUCUUGGCGUCCACCAGCACAGCCCAACGGCAUCAUCACUCAGUACACUGUCUACUCCAAGGCUGAAGGCGCUGAGACUGAAACGAAAACCCAAAAAGUGCCACACUAUCAAAUGAGCUUCGAGGCCACCGAACUAGAAAAGAACAAACCUUAUGAAUUCUGGGUCACUGCCAGCACCACUAUCGGAGAGGGUCAGCAAUCGAAGAGCAUUGUAGCCAUGCCCAGCGACCAGGUGCCCGCUAAGAUUGCGUCCUUCGACGACACUUUCACUGCCACCUUUAAGGAAGAUGCCAAGAUGCCUUGCUUAGCCGUUGGAGCCCCUCAGCCAGAGAUUACCUGGAAGAUCAAGGGCGUCGAGUUUAGUGCCAAUGAUCGCAUGCGUCUGCUGCCUGAUGGAUCCCUUUUGAUUAAGUCUGUCAAUCGUCAGGAUGCUGGCGACUAUUCUUGCCAUGCCGAAAACUCUAUUGCUAAGGACUCGAUUACCCACAAACUCAUUGUGCUGGCUCCUCCUCAAUCUCCUCAUGUCACACUCUCAGCCACUACCACCGAUGCUCUGACUGUCCGCUUGAAGCCCCAUGAGGGAGACACUGCACCACUCCACGGUUAUACUCUGCACUACAAGCCAGAAUUCGGAGAAUGGGAAACUGCUGAGGUGUCCGUUGACUCACAGAAGCACAACAUUGAGAAUUUGCUAUGCGGCUCCCGUUAUCAGGUUUAUGCCACAGGAUUCAACAACAUUGGCGCUGGUGAAGCCUCCGACAUUUUGAACACACGCACCAAGGGCCAGAAACCCAAACUGCCAGAGAAACCACGUUUCAUUGAGGUCUCAUCGAAUUCGGUCUCGUUGCACUUCAAGGCCUGGAAAGAUGGCGGCUGCCCCAUGUCCCACUUUGUUGUCGAGAGCAAGAAACGUGAUCAACUGGAAUGGAAUCAAAUCUCGAACAAUGUGAAACCCGACAACAACUACGUAGUCCUCGAUCUGGAACCCGCCACCUGGUAUAAUCUGCGCAUCACUGCCCACAAUUCGGCCGGAUUCACAGUUGCUGAAUAUGACUUUGCCACACUCACCGUGACCGGAGGCACUAUCGCACCCCUCGACGAUGGCAUGGGCCAUGGCAAUGUCCAUGCUCGUAUUCCCAUGCCCGCCUGGAUGCCCGAGUGGCUGGAUCUGAACUUUAUGGUGCCAUUGAUUGCCACCGUUGUCGUGGUCGCGGUUGGUAUCUGUGUUGUGUGCGUGGCUCUCUCCCGAAGACGUUCCGAUGAUAUGCGAGGCGGCCAGAAGGAUGUCUAUUACGAUGUAGUUUACAAUCAGACAAUGGGACCUGGCGCCACCUUGGAUAAACGUCGCCCCGAUCUCCGUGACGAGCUUGGCUACAUUGCACCCCCCAACAGGAAGCUGCCCCCCGUGCCCGGAUCCAACUACAACACCUGCGAUCGGAUUAAGCGAGGCCGCGGUGGUUUGCGCUCAAACCACUCCACCUGGGAUCCCCGUCGCAAUCCGAAUCUGUACGAGGAACUCAAGGCACCUCCAGUUCCCAUGCACGGCAAUGCCAAUAUCUACGGUCAUGGUGGUCAUGCCCAUGGCAAUGUCGAGUGCCACUACAGACAUCCAGGCAUGGAAGAUGAAAUCUGCCCCUAUGCUACGUUCCAUCUGCUCGGCUUCCGUGAGGAAAUGGAUCCCACCAAGGCCAUGAACUUCCAGACCUUCCCCCAUCAGAACGGACACACUCCCGUACCCGGACACGCUGGAACCAUGCUGCCCCCUGGACACCCUGGACAUGUGCACUCUCGCUCGGGCUCGCAGUCGAUGCCACGUGCCAAUCGCUAUCAGCGCAAGAACAGCCAGGGCGGACAGUCUUCGAUCUAUACCCCAGCACCCGAGUACGAUGAUCCCGCUAACUGUGCCGAGGAGGAUCAAUACCGUCGCUACACUCGCGUUAACUCUCAGGGCGGCAGCCUUUACUCUGGACCUGGACCCGAAUACGAUGAUCCCGCUAACUGUGCUCCUGAGGAAGAUCAGUAUGGCUCUCAAUACGGUGGACCCUAUGGACAACCCUACGAUCAUUAUGGCUCCCGUGGCUCUAUGGGACGUCGUAGCAUUGGCUCUGCACGCAAUCCAGGCAAUGGUUCACCUGAGCCUCCACCACCCCCACCACGCAACCACGACAUGAGCAACUCCUCAUUCAACGACUCCAAGGAGAGCAACGAGAUCUCAGAGGCCGAGUGCGAUCGCGAUCAUGGACCACGCGGCAACUAUGGCGCUGUGAAAAGAUCACCCCAACCGAAAGAUCAACGCACCACCGAAGAGAUGCGUAAAUUGAUUGAGAGAAACGAAGCCGGCCCAAAACAACUCCAACUCCAACAAACAAAUGGCGCAGGAUUCACAGCCUACGAUACUAUGGCAGUGUAAUUUGUAAGCAGCAACUUACGAAAGUGGGCGUGGCAGUUUAGCUUAGUGUUUUUUGGAGUCAAUGAAGUGCGUAGGAGUUGAAUGAACACAUGAGCACACAUACACCAAACACACACACACACUCACGCGUAUACCGACAGACAGACAGACAGACACAAAAAGGGCAGAGUCAGUCAUCAGAUUUUGAAAGUAUAUAAAAUAUCGAAAAGAAAACAUCACAGAAGUAAGCAACGCAUUUAAGCGCAAAUAUAUAUACACACAAUUAUUAAACUAUUUCAAGUAUUUACAAGAGUAAUUACACACAAACAAACACACACACGCAUUUGUGUGUGGCAUUUGAAAGAACAAAACUUGAACGUGGAACAUUAUAAUUGCUAAUUAAUAUUUGAUAUUUGAUAAUUGAUAAUUGCAUAAUUGAAAGUCAUUUUUAAUAUUGCAUUUUAGUUUGUAAGCCAAGCAGAACAACCAAAAUAUAUCAAGCGAAUAAAUAAGGUAAUCUCUCGUCUAGUAUUCGUAAGAAAAUACAUACAUCCGAAGAAUUCGCUUUCGAUUUGCCCAGACACAUAUUUGUUUUUUGCCAUCUAUGCCAAAAGCAUGAAACUCUUUGCCUAGCCUAAGUCAAAGUCAUAAUCUUAAUUGAUAGUUAAACGUAUUUUGUUUUAUUUUGUAUGGUCUGCAAAUCCUAUAACUUAUAUACUACUUAUUUGUAUCGACAGAACGAAGGCGGAAGUUGUAUUUGAAACUUAUUUCGCUUCUUGUUGACUUGCGUUGACUUGUGAUCAUAAUUUUUAGCAUUGUGUGUGUCGAUUAUUUAUAAUUUAUACUUAUUUAUAUUUUUUAAUUUUAUACUGCGCUUCCAAAAAAACGAAAACCGCUAAAAUGAACUUGUUCAAUGCACAAAUAGCAAAUAAUAAACGUUUAGUCUCACACUCACACUGUCUAAAUUGUAUUAUACAAAUGUCCCCCAAUAAAGAAAAGCGCGCACUUUAUGAUUUGUCAUAGAGAUUUACAUUUGUAUUCAGUUAUACGCAUUUCAAGCUUUAAGAAACUCUGAAAUUGAUAAUGUGCACACCUCAAUUUCUACAUUAUACGUAUUUAUUUAAGUUUUUAUUAUUAUUAUUUUAGUUCUGCAAAUACAUUUACGAUUUUCUUGAAACAACUUUGGUUUGCUCUUUUAUUUUCAUAUUUUUAUUGAUUUUACAGCAAUCGCAUAAAUUGUGAGGCUACUUUCAAAACUCAAAGACUGAACUAUGCAAAUUUUAAAAACGAAUGAAAAUGCUUAACAACAAAUAUGUAAUUACAAAAGGAGUUUUACAGUACACAACAUUUGCUCAACAAGUAGAAAUAGCAAAAGCAUUUGAGGUAGCCCGCAAUUUGAAGAGAAGUCAACAAUAGAUUAAACUCAUUUAAUUCUCGAAAUAAAUAAUACUUUAAUUUAUUAAAACAAUUAGUUAUUACUCCUAGAUUGUUCCGAUUAUGUUUCUGUUUCACCUAACACUUUACAUAUUCUACACUAUAAUCCUACCUAGUUAUAUCGAUUUUAUAUAUGAAUGUAGUGUUGUGACAAAAAUAUUGCUUAUACUCGUACAUAUAUAUUAUGGGAAACUUAUAUAAAUGUACUACAAAUUUUAAUGGUAAACGAAUACAAAUAUUUAAUAGCGUUUAGACAAAUGGCAUUUAAAUAAUAUACAAUAUACAAAAAAAAAAAAAAAAAAACGAAAAAAAAACUCUUAAAAAAAUUGAGAAAAAGUCACAAAUUUUCAAGUAAUAAAAAUAGCGCAAAAAAUGUUGCAUUUCGGUAUAACAAAAUUAAAAAUUAACAAUUUUUCGGAAAAUCAAAAUCAAAAACAAAAAACAAAUAUUUAAUCGAAAAUAAAGAUUUAAAAAACGAAACUUUUGACAUUUUCAAACAAAAUCCAAAGAGGUUUGCAAAAAAAAAGAAAGAAAAGAGAAAUAAUUAAAUUAAGCUAAGUAUUAAUAUUCAAAUAUAAUAUACGAGUACAUCAAGCAUUUUUCAUACUUAUCAUGCAUAUUUGAUCGCUUGCUUUUUGUGUUGCUUCAGAAGAACGUAAAGCAAAGGGGAGAAAACAAAUAUUAUGAAAACGAAAACGAAGUCAAAUAAUCAUUAAGUCUAACAUAAACUAACCUAUUUUGUAAUUAUUUAGCAUUCAACAUGCAUACACAUACUCUACAUACAUACAUAAUAUUAAUAAUUUUCUACUUAACUUUACUUAAAACGCAUAAAUCAAAAUUUAAUUCCCAUUGCAUUAAAAACAUAAGAAAAAAAAAACAACAAAGAAAACUAUCAAAUUAAAAAGGUAUAGAAAGUCGCCCAAAUACGAUGACAGCAUUCAACUUCAACGCACAUCAGAUCCAACACUUCUUUGGAAACGAUAACUAAGCAUACGAAGAAUGAGAAAUUUAAAAAAAAGAUACCAAAAAAGAAUGAAAUUAUUGAAAAUAAGAAAAACAGUUUAAAAUGCAUACUAAUCACUCGCUCCUUCUUAGCCGAAACAAAUAUUACUCAUACUCAUAUUACUCAUACGACACGAUACGAUACGAAAUAUAUAUGAGGCAAGAAGAUAAAUUAAAUACAAAUAUCCAAAACAAGAUUCGUAAAAUUCGUAAUCCUUAAGCGCGGCAUUAUAAACCUAAAUGAAUACUUCAAAAAUGUGUAUUACUAAUUACAAAUUACAAGAAACAUAUAUGUAUUAACUAUAUAUAUUAAUAUUGAAUGUAUUGAAUUGACAAACUACAUUUGCUACAUCACACAAACACACACACACAUCCACAUACACAAACAUACCCGAAAACACACAAUCAAAGAUUAUUACCUACACUUGGUAAGUCCAUUUCCCGAGUACCCAAGAUUUAUUUCUUGGAGUACAAUUCCUAAUCUAAAGAUUCCUUAAAACACACACAAAACACAAGCAAUUUGUCAGUUUCAGUGUCAUUAAAUACAAAAAAAAAACAACCACAAAAAACUAAAUAAACGCCAAUCUAUGUUGGAUAAAACACAAA